AUGGCAAAAAAAGAUUAUUACGAAGUCCUGGGAAUAAAUAAAGAUGCUUCCGAAGCCGAAAUUAAAAAAGCCUACCAUAAAUUAGCCUUGAAGUAUCAUCCUGAUCGUUAUGCUGGUAAACCAGAAAGUGAAAAAAAAGUUGCUGAGGAAAAAUUUAAAGAAAUUAAUGAAGCUCAUAGUAUACUUUCUGAUAAAGAAAAACGACAAAAUUACGACCGCUAUGGACAUGCUGGCACCGAGGGAUUUCAAGCCGGCGGAGGAUUUGAAGGCUUUGGGGGGAAUACUUCCUCAAUUUUUGAAGACAUUUUCAAUACUUUUUUUGGCGGAGAAGGUUAUUCACGAAGGACACGUACCGGUGCCAGCACUUCUCAUCAAAUAGCCCUUGAAUUAGACAAAGCCUGUGCGAAUUGUAAACAAACUGGUGCUUACUCCGAUAAACAUAUUUCUAAAUGUUCGACGUGUAAAGGAAAAGGAGUGGUGCAAAUGGUUCAAAAAUCUUUCUUUGGAGAAAAUAUUUACACCCGUGUCACUUGUCCUGAUUGUCAAGGUCGCGGACAAGCAAUUACCAAAAAAUGCCCGGUUUGCUUAGGCAAAAAAUUCAUUAAAAAAAAAGAAACUAUUUCAAUUGAAAUUCCGCGAGGCGUUCAAGGUAAACAACUACGAAUGAGAAAUGCGGGGAAUGAUAUUCAUGUUGAACUUCCGAUCUCCUUUUUAGACGCUAUUUUAGGUAAUUAUAUAGAAGUAAUAACACUAGAAGGCUUAGAAAAAGUUAAAAUUCCGGCUGGGACUCAGAAUGAUGAUUACUACACUUUAAAAAAUCGAGGUUGUUAUCUAGGCAUUGGUCGAAGUUCUCGCGGAGAUUUUUAUGUUCAUUUUCAAGUAAUCAUUCCUCGACGACUUACUGAAGAAACCAAAGAAACUUUAAGAAGAAUUGAGCGAGGGAGCAAUUGA